CCGCGAUGGGACCUGGAGGGAGGGGGGGUGUUGCUAAGCGAAUGGCAGGGGGGCCGGAUCCCAGGAAUGAGCGACAGUCUGAAGAACACCUGUGUGUGGAUAUCUGCGUACCUUGUGAGUGCUUGUGUGUAUGGAGCGGCAGUGCGGUGGUCAGUGCACUGCAGCCAACCGAGGUUGGUUCCCGCUCACGGCAACCAACAUUGGUGAAUAUCUGUGCCCAGUCUUGGAUUUGAAGGUUUCAGCAAUGACAUUUCCAGAGGAGGGAAAUUCCACACGCUAUAUGAGCAGUGCCAGAGAAGAAGCAACCUCCCACUGAGCAAGGGUUGACUGGUGGCUUUGACGGAAAACCUUGGGUUUUGGAGUGGAGAGUGCACGGAGGGGAGUAGAGUGACAUGACAGGGGAGAGGCAGGAGAGCACAUGGAGGGUAGGGAAGUAAAAUUUGAAUAUGGAGGGGAAUAGAGUGAGAUUACAGGAACUUGCAGAUGAUGCAUGAUGUUUAAAUUGAUCCGAGACUGGAUUUGGGAGCUAAUAGGGGGAUUGGCAUAUUGGGGAGAUGGGUCAUGUUUAUUGGUGCGGAUGGGAAGUCUGACAGCGGCAUUUUUGGUAAUGUGGAGGUCAUAGAUCAGGGCGUUUCAGAAGAUGAAUGAAAGUGUCGAUGAAGGCAUGGAUAUUGGUCUGCAAAAGAUGGAGCAAGGAAUUGAUGGAUGUGGGAGAUGUUGUACACAUGGAGAUUAGAGAACCUGCACUCUUCAGAGAUGUGAGGCAAAAACGAAUUCUGGACCAAUAAUGACCGCACAUUUUCCCAAUCCCAGAUGUAUGUACAGUAUGUUGAACGUCUUUUGCACCAUACGUAGCCAACCUUGCUAAUCAGAUGUGCGGGAGGACAACAAACUAAACACAAAAAGCAGAAGAGAUUGCCCCAUGUAUAUUGAGGGGGAGAGUCAGUGGUGUCUCAUUAUGUAGAGCUUGGUGUCAUUUUCCAAGUUUCAGUUGAUUGUAAAAACCAAUGGGAAACCUCAUGGGACACCGGGGCAGAGAGAUUGCUGCAAAAAGGACAGCACUUAAAUGAAGGUGUAGGAGCAGUUUGAGAAUUAAGUCCUGAACUAGGAGAUGCAUACAUAGUUAUGGAGACGCUUAAGGAGGCUGCAGUGGCCAACAGUGUUGAAAGCAACAAUGAGCUUAAUGAGAACUGGGAGUGAGAGGGGCAAGCGGUCAGAAGAGAGGUAAUUUACCACCUAGGAGAGCAGUUUCAGGUGAAUGAACUUUAAAUAAUCCAAAUUGGACUGGGUUGUAAAGAACAUGGAAAAAUAUAUGUUCAGUGGGGCGUGAAAAUAUAAAUCUUCACGAGGGAUUCUCCAAGGGAGGUUGGUGAUUGGACAGUGAUGUGUGGAAAUGUUGGGUUUCACGUGGUUUUAUUGGGGAAGGGAACGACUAAAGGAACUCCCUGUGAUGUAGGGUCCUUUUUCUGUCCUCUCAGACUAAUGUCCCUGGUCGCCCGUGUCUCCCAUGGCUUCCGCCUCUCCGUGGUUCCACAGAGCCCCCGCCUCCUGCUGCUGCUAUCCUUGUCGCUGGGCCUGUGCGCCACAGUGGGCGCCGCGCCCGAGACGCUGUGCGGUGCCGAGCUGGUGGACGCGCUGCAGUUCGUAUGCGGCCCGAGGGGUUUCCACUUCUUGAAGCAGAACGGGCAGAAGAGCGGAGGGGGAGGGGGUGGAGGCGGAGGAGGAGGCCGGAGAGUGCAGCGCGGUAUCGUGGAGGAGUGCUGCUUCCGUCGAUGCACGCUGCGCUUGCUGGAGUCCUACUGCGCCGACUCCAGCAAACUCGAGCGCGACUACUCGGGCAUCAAAAUCGCAUCACUCAAGCGCCUAAUUCGGAAAUCCAAGGGCUCCGUGCCCGGGAAGGAGGAGUCCGGGACGCGGCAGAGCAAGAAAUCCUGGCAGCGGCGUCAGGAGCAAGGUCAAGGGCAGGGUCAAGGUCAGGGUCGUGGGCGAGGUCGGGGUCGGGGCCGCACCGAGCGGAGACUCAGGAAAGCGGCGAGGCUGCGUCCUUUCGACCCUACGAGCCCAACACCACCCUGAGUGUACACAGGGGGGCCCAGGACCCAGGGGCCCAGAGCGGAGCGGCCUGUGGACCCCGCGCUUCCCAUGGAGCCCCUGUGGAGCCCAGUGGGAACCCGUGGGACGCCGAACCCCCCGGGCGCCGAGGGGCGGUUUCACGGUUACGCGACACGGGCCGUAUUUUACCAUCUCAGUGAAUUCUGUGAAUUCUGCUGUUAUUGCCGUUAUCGUCGCUACUGCUAUAACUAUUGUCGUAUACGGACGCGGUAAUGAGCACCACCACCCUGUGCUGCUCGCCCCGCAUGGGAAUUGAACCCUGACCCUUGGCCACAGAGGCAAGUAGAGCUGAACUUCAGCCUCCAGGGAGGUGGAGGUUCCCUGAAAGGCUCAUCCUCCUCUCAUCACGGGCCUGGCCGAUCCCUCCACGCUGCGUGUUACCGACUGGGGCCCCGCACUGCCUUGUGGACUCGUCGUGUGUGCUCACCGCUGUAGGCCGCUCGUCUCUAUAAGGUGCAUUGUAUGGGUGUAUAUGCAGCUGUUAGUUCCUUGUAUAUACAGUACGUAAAUAUGUGUGCGUUGUGCGUGUGGACUGAUGGCACUUUGAGCGCGUGGCGCACACUCGUGGCGUGCGUCCCGCCACCUGUAGACCCUUUAUAAGAGCACUAAAUGCACCGCGCCCCAAGAGGGACGGACAGGGGCCUCCUCGGGGAUUCACGCCAAUCGCGCCGCCGCCCACUGCGGCCACGACCUUGCGUGGCCUCCAUGCCCCUCCCGCUUCACGGAACCUGGGGGGCAGGAUGCGGCACUGCGCGCUCGGUGGCACGGGACUCGGCUCAAGUGUGGAGUCUCGGAGAUGAAGAAACUUGAAAGGGUGCUGGCGACCCCACUCUGACCCCACCCCGACCGCAACUCUCCCCAAAAAAACCCAAAUGACCCCACCUAACCCCACUCUGACCCCACCUAACCCCAACAUCACCCCCUGAGUGCACCAGUAGUGUCUGGAAAGCUGGUCUCAUAUUUAAAUACGGUGGUGUGUAAACGUAUGUAAGCUUAUACACGCCGUUGUCUGUGGAGGUUAGCAACAGCAUGUUUCAUUAUCUUUGCAUGACAGCUGCAGAGAUGGUUGGCUUGAGCCAUCGUGACUCUGCAAACUAUCAACCAAUCUCAAACCUUAAAACGAUUUCAAAGGUCACAGAGUGUCUUUGUCUGAAGCGGUUACUUCCCCACGUCGCUGUGACGGGCAGAUUCAACCCGUUGCAGUCAUGUACCAAAAGUUCCACAGCACUGAGACGACUCUACUAAAGAUCACUGAUCACCUCUACAAGAUCAUGGAUGACCAGUGUGCUGCAGCGUUGGUUGGCCUCAAUCUCUCAGCCGCCUUCGAUACCAUCGACCAUGAGAUACUCAUUGGGUGGCUAAGGUCAAGGUUCAGUGUAUCCGGUACAUUACUGGGGUGGAUUGAGUUAUACAUACAUGGUCGAUCAUAGUUCGUCAACCUGGGUGACGAACAGUCAUCACCUAUGCCGUGCCGAGUUGACGUACCACAGGGGUCCAUCCUCGGACCCUUCCUAUUUUCAACAUACAUCUCUCCGAUCGCCAAUGUCAUCUCAUUGUUCUAUCAAUAUGCUGAUGAUACACAAUUGUACACUGCAGUGAAGUCAAAGUUAGACAUGGAGAGCCUCGGUAACCUCGAAGAUUGAACCCGAGCGGUGCACGUGUGGUUUACACGAAAUAAAAUGCUGCUUAAUCCAGAAAAAUCGGAGGUUCGGUUGGUUGGCACUCGGGCUGAGGUAAAAAAUUGUGGGAGGAUCAGGUGUGGUGGUCACAGACUCCAGGAUUCAGUUUUCUACUCGUAUAAAGAGCCUCGGCACCAUACUCGACCAAAAUAUGUCGUUCGAUCACAACCUGUAAAAGUCAUAUCCUGCAAUUUUCAUAUUAGGGCUCUACAACAUAUUCGAGCACGAUUGAGUCAUGACAUAGCCAACAUGGUGGCGUGUAGCAUUGCAACUCACUACUCUACGGGACGUCUGGCAAAAACAUUACCAAGCUGCAGUAUGUACAACAUUUUUUGGCACAUGUCCCGACGGGUACUGCAAGAUUUGACCAUGUCUGUCCAAUGCUCGCCGAGCUGCAUUGGCUUCCAGUUGCUCAACGAAUAUAUUAUAAGGUCGCAUUCAUUACACACAAAGCGCUUGCCACAAAUGAACUACAAUACCUUGCUGAUCUCGUCAAGGAGCAUAAACCAUCACGCGUACUCCGGUCAUCCUCACAGCGGCUUUUGGCUAGCCAACGAACAAAGACUGUCACUGCAUCGUGAGAUUUCAGAUGCGCUUCUCUGGUCGUCGAGAAUGCUCUUCCUUCCGAUAUUAGGAAGCCACUGGAGCUAUGCACUUUUAAAAUCUAGAUUGAAAACUAAUUUCUUUAGAACUGCUUUUUGUGUUUAGUUUGUUGUUCUUCCUCCACACCUCCGAUCAACAUGGUUGGCUACGUACGGUGCGAAAUAAGUUCAAGAUAAAUACAAUCAUCAAACGUAAAUAAAAUAUUUCACAAAGGGUA